AGAACUAUAGCUUCAACUCUCUCAGGAAGUCCUCUGUAGUUUACUAAUAUUUAGAAAAGGUAUACAUUAGGGACUGAAAUUACAAAACAAGUUGUAUACACCUUUCUAUUUUGGCUUUGUAAACAUCCUUAUACUCUAAACAACCAAGAAGAAAUGUGAACUUUUUUUUUUGUUUAAAACACGUUAUCAUUAGGUCGUAUUCAUCUGGACCCUUCCAUGAAGACAUUACUCUUGUGUAAAAUAGUCACCUAAGCAGGGUCUGGUGCUCAGAAGGAACUUCAUAGCCCACACUUGCAUGCUGUCACUUCUCAUCCAGGCUUCCUGCCCAGCUCUGGGAUCCACAUCAUUCUUAAGCAUAAACACAUCUCUAAAUCACUCUUGGAACAUCACUUCUCAUGGCAGUUUCUAGGAUCGCUCUGUGGAGGUUGAUGUCUGUGAUCUUUGGAAUAAAGUGUGUUUUGCUGAUGAUUACUUUGGGAUUUUUGAUGAAAAACUCAUUUACAAUACAGAGUAUUCAACAAGUAACUUCUCCAGCUUCCAUUGUAGAAUUCCAGGAAGUUUCUGAAUGCUGUCAUUGCCUAGAAAAGUGGAUUGGUUAUCAAUGUAACUGUUACUUCAUUUCCAAAGAAGAAAAAUCUUGGGAAGAAAGCAGAGAUUUCUGUGCCUCUAAGAAUUCCAGUCUUCUUCAUUUUGAAACCAGAAAUGAAAUGAGUUUUAUGAGCUCCAGUCAAACCUUUUUCUGGAUUGGAAUGCAUUAUAGUGAGGAACAGCAUGCCUGGCUGUGGGAGGAUGGCUCAGCCCCCUCAAAAGAUCUAUUUCCAGAGUACUCAUAUACCAAAACAAGCGGCUGUGUUACUUAUAGUCCAAGCCUAUAUAUUUCUGCUGAUUCCUGUGAAAGUAAAAACAAAUUUAUCUGUAAGCAAUUGAGUAUUUAAAUACUUCUUAAGGCAAAGAGUAUAGACAAGAGAGGGCUAGGAUUAUUUCAACAGUACUUACCUCUCACAGUAUUGCUGCCUUUCCAUGUUGAGUUGGCAGACUGUUUCUGUGUGCUAUCAUUUUCAUACAUUUGAACCCUAGUAUUUUAUGCUUGAUUAAUUUUUCACAUCUGUUCAUAAAGUUUGGAUGCAUCAUGGUAGAGAGUUUUUAUAAAUAUUUUGAUUUAAUGAAUGUUUGAUAUGAAAUAUAAUUUUAUUUACAUACUCUUGUAAAGUCUUCUUAGAAACAUUAAAUAAAAUUUACUCUAGACCAAAUCAUAUGUAUCCAUGUAGUUUCAGUGUUUGUAUCAGAACUAAAUUGAACCUGGAUCUGAGUCUGAGAGGUGUAAUCACUUCAUGACAGUAAUUCUGUUUCUGAGAAUUACAGAGUAUAGUUACCCAUGCUUCUUAUACCUAAUGAUGUUAGUCAGGUUCUAUAUGCCCUUAGAGAUGUACCAAACUUAGAUAUUUAAUCAUCAAACACUUCAAAGACCUACAAAUUAUGGCAUUUAAAUGUUUUAAUAAUUUAGAACUCCAUUGGCAUGAGACACAAUUGCUCCUGACAGUACCAAGCUAUUUCUGCGAGUACGAUGGGCACUGAUGACACUCCAUUUGGAGUUCUUUUUCUUCUUGACUUACUGGCCUUUUGGGAAAAGAACUAACCCUACCUCGACUGCUGACAUUGGAACACUGUCCUAACAGGGCUAUCAGGAGAUAAACUUAAAGAUACUACUAAAAUUAUCUUUCAUUUUUCCUGCUUAUGAUAUAGUCUGUCAGAUACUCUAGGCCAUAGCCAAAGUUGGUUGCCCUGACAUCACUGUGAGACCUUGGGUGACUGUCCAGGUAGCCUGCUAUUUCUGUCAUUGUUUGUGCCUUUAGGAAGUCACACACUUGCAAGUCCUGCUUACCACAGUGAUGCUAUUUUCCUUCUCAGGUCUUUGAUGAGGUUGAAGACUAGAUAGUCUCAGCUAAUAUUCUGUUUUAUCUUAGAUAGAACAUAUUAGGUACAAGACUUAUACUUUCCAAAAUAGGAUAGCAAUCAGAGUAAUUUCUGUUAUGCCAUUACCCUGGGGCUGGUCAUUUAGUAUGUAUUUAUCGUUUAAUGUUGUUCUUGCUGGUUAUAGUUCUAAAUUUGUGCAUGUUUAUACAUUUCCUUCUCCUGGACUGUAUUUGAUAUUUGCUAUCAUUGUACAUAGCUUUUGUAUCAGGCUUAAAAACAUCUUGUUUAGACAAAAGGGGAAUUAUAGUGACAUCUUGCUUUGCCAGUGCACUGGCAAUGGUGGCCACACCCUUUGGGCCUGGUUUCAGGUUGAGAGGUAACUCCUUAUAAAGUAGAGGAGAGGCUGGCUUGAGCUCUCUUGGGUUUCAGUGAGAACAUUGAAAGGGCAGAGGCUGCAUCUUCUGGAGCAGGAAGACUGUGGUGGUUAUUUACUCAUCUUUUAUCUUGGGUCUGGUGGACUCAUUUAAACCCCACCUUCAGAGACUGUUGACUCCUCUCUGAAUUUAGAGGAAAUGAUGUCAGUUUAUCUUCACUUACUGUUAUUUUGGCUGCAGGUUUGUCAUGUAUUAAGAUAUGUUAAAAUCUAAGUGUGUUCAUGAUAUUUCUGAUUUAUAAAAUGUUUGUACUACAA